GAUAAUGGAAAAAAAAUUAUAUGAAUCUGAGAGAAGUAAUCUCAAUCUCAAUGUGUAUUAAUGAAUAAACCAUACUAGUGUGAAAUAGGAGAUUUUUUAAUUUUCCGAAAUUUCAAGAUUUGUAUAUAAGGAUUGAAAUCUAUGAAGAAACACAGCAGCCCAGCAAUGGAUGUAGAGCAGUCUCAAGAGCAUUGCAUAUAUAUACACUGAUACAACAGAUCUAAUGGAGAAGAUGAAUUUGGUUUGUUUAUGAAAGCAGAUAAUUUUGAGAUUUAGAAGCUAAAAUGGAGGAUGGUUCUGAUGUUCGGUGCUGGGAUGAGUUAAUCCCGGAUGCUCUAGGGUUAAUAUUCAAGAAUCUGCCUCUUCAGGAUGUGCUUACUGUCAUCCCGAGGGUUUGCAAGUCAUGGCAAAGAGCCGUGCUGGGGCCUUAUUGUUGGCAAGAGAUAGACAUUGAGGAUUGGAGCAUGAGCGCCCGCUAUGACACUAUUGAUCGCUUGCUUCAGUUGCUGAUUACAAGGUCUCAGGGUUCACUCCGUAAGCUCUGUGUUUCUGGUGUCCUUAUGAACCAAACCUUUGAAUUCAUUGCGGACAAUGCCAAAUCUCUGCAGGCAUUGCACCUGACGAGGAGUGAAAUCGGCGAUCCUGCCGUGGAACGGCUAGCCGAGAAGUUCAGUAAUGUUACUUUCUUAGACAUAAGUUACUGCAAUGAUAUGGGGGCGAGAGCGCUUGAAGCGAUUGGGAAGCAGUGCAAGAAUCUCACUUUCCUCCGCCGAACAAUGCACCCCCUAGAGGUCAUUGAGAAGGUCGAGCAGGACGAUGAAGCGUAUGCCAUUGCUGCUACGAUGCCGAAGCUCAAGCAGCUCGAGAUUGGCUACAUGCUCGUCACUACAGAGAGCGUGAACGAGAUAGUUAAGAGUUGCAGCGAGCUUGAAGUAUUGGACAUUCGGGGAUGCUGGGGAGUUACCAUCGAUGAAAGCCUCAAGAAGCAUUCGGGGUUGAAGGUUGUUGGACCCGUCGUUUUCGAUUGCUACGAUAAGUACGGCUGGGAAAAUUGCUCCGAUAACUCCGGGUCGUCCGGAUACCUCCCGUGGGACUUAGUUGGCGGGGAUUUGGAUGACGAGUAUGAUGUCUCGGAUGGGCUGUGGGACGACGCAGAAGACGUUGAGGACGUGGAAAUGUGGUUUUAUGAUGGCCUGAAUACCAUCAAUGCUGGAUAUGAUUGGCCCCAAUCUCCUUGAAAACCUUGCUGGAGAAAGUUCUUAUUUUCAUAUUCAAAAAGGUCCUAUCUAUUUUAGUAUAUCCCUAAUUCUCUAUCAAACUUGUCUGCUGCAUUUGAUAUAUAUAUAGGUGUUUAUUAUAGUGUCUUGUUUAAGUAAGUGUUUCAACCAUUUGUGCUUGGAAUGGUUGUACUUUGCAAAUGAUUAUUAUAACAAAUAAAUAUAAUGCAGUUUGUUGAUUGAGUCA